ACAUGAGGUUUUCAGAGAUGGAGUAAUAGUUUUCAUAAUGAUCUUGUAUAUUAGGUUUUUCAGAGAUGGAGUAAUAGUUUUCAUAAUGAUCUUGUGUAUUAGGUUUUUCAGAGAUGGAGUUACAGUUUUCAUAAUGAUCUUGUGUAUCAGGUUUUUCAGAGAUGGAGUAAUAGUUUUCAUAAAGACCUUGUAUAUCAGGUUUUUCAGAGAUGGAGUUAUAGUUUUCAUAAUGAUCUUUUGUAUUAGGUUUUUCAGAGAUGGAGUAAUAGUUUUCAUAAUGAUCUUGUAUAUUAGGUUUUUCAGAGAUGGAGUUAUAUUUUUCAUAAUGAUCUUGUGUAUUAGGUUUUUCAGAGAUGGAGUAAUAGUUUUCAUAAUGAUCUUGUAUAUUAGGUUUUUCAGAGAUGGAGUAAUAGUUCUCAUAAUGAUCUUGUAUAUUAGGUAUCUCAGAGAUAUAGUAAUAGUUCUCAUAAUGAUCUUGUAUAUUAGGUAUCUCAGAGAUGGCAUAAUAGUUUUGAUAAUGAUUUUGUAUAUUAGGUUUUUCAGAGAUGGAGUAAUAGUUUUGAUAAUGAUCUUGUAUAUUAGGUUUUUCAGAGAUAGAGUUAUACUUUUCAUAAUGAUCUUGUGUAUUAGGUUUUUCAGAGAUGGAGUAAUAGUUUUCAUAAAGACCUGGUAUAUUAGGUUUUUCAGAGAUGAAGUAAUAGUUUUGAUAAAGAUCUUGUAUAUUAGGUAUCUCAGAAAUGGAGUAAUAGUUUUCAUAAUGAUCUUGUAUAUUAGGUAUCUCAGAGAUGGCAUAAUAGUUUUGAUAAAGAUCUUGUAUAUUAGGUUUUUCAGAGAUGGAGUUAUAGUUCUCAUAAUGAUCUUGUAUAUUAGGUAUCUCAGAGAUGGAGUAACAGUUUUGAUAAAGAUCUUGUAUAUUAGGUAUCUCAGAGAUGGAGUAAUAGUUUUGGUAAAGAUCUUGUAUAUAAUGUUUUUAAAGAUUGUAGUGAUAUAGUUCAUGGUAUGGAUAUGUUUAUUUUUUUUUGUAUGAUAAUACUUCUCAGUUUCUGUUAAAACUUAAGGGCCAUUUAAACACUAUUAAUAUAAUUACCUGAAAUUCUAUUAUUCUCAUUAGAAGUACUAGUUCUUGAUUCCUGAAGGUUUCUGAAGAAAAUUGAAUGUAAAUCACAAUUACUGGGUAAAGCCCAGCUAGGCUUAUACAUGAAUAUUAAUAUAUGUUCUGCAUAUUCUUUUGAAGUUAUUCAGGCCCACGUUCAACAUCAUAUGUUUUUCCUUAAUAUUUAGUCCUUGAUCACUGACAAAAGUUAGAAAUAUCCUAUUCAUAUAGGAAAAUCACAUUCUUACUGCACAUGACAAAAGAUAUAUCAGUCUUUCUGAUACAUGUUCCAAAUACUGCCUUUUUAAUUGUUGGGUGAUACUUCUGACAUACCAAACCCAACAAAUAAAAAGACAGUUUAUAAAUGAAGAUUGAAUUUUGGAUAUUUUGUCUUUGAAUGUAAACAAACAUUUCAGUCUUAAAUGGUUUUGAAACAAUGUUUCUAUGUGAAACUUGAGAAAAUCCUUUGUUCACCAAGCUUUUCAACUUAUCAUGCAAAGUGUAUAUAAGUUUGCUUAAAAAUUAAAUGUUAUAGUUAAUAUAAUAAAGUUUUAGAAUUGGAAAUAAAAAUCUAAUGUUAUAGUUAUAUAUAAAGGUUUUACAUUGAAUCUAAAGUUUAAUAUUAUAGUUCUAUAAGAAAGUUUUACAGUUGGAACUAAAGAUUGGUAACUAGAUGAUAGUUUCAUUGUGGAUCAAGUUCCAAGCUCAUUUAAGACUUAAUAGUUUGUUCACAUUCAAUGACAAAAGUCCAAAAUGCAUUCUUCUUAUAAUAUCUAUAUUUUUAGUUGUCAGAUUUGUGGAAAUUUGUAUGUCAAUUGUAUCAUCUGAUAAUUAAAAAAUGGUAUUUGAAACUUGCAUCAGAAAGUCCGAUACAUUGUAACUCCACUGUCAUGUGCAUGGAAAAUGGAACUCAAACUAAAGUAAGAAAUAUUAUAUAACAUGAAUUAAAACUAUAUUUUUAAUACCCAACAUGUUCUGGCUUCAGAGGUUUGUGCUUGUAACUGCUAAUCAUAGUAUUAAUACCUUAUUGAAAAAAUUUAGAAAAGUGAAAAUUUUCUAAAAAAUAAUUUUUUUCCGGGAAGUACUGCA